CCCGCGCGGCGGCCGCGCUUCCGCCGGCUAGGCGUCCCGGGCGCGCCUGGUUUGUUGGAAGGGAAGCAUUUAUUAGUCACCGCGCGGGGCUGCUUGUCUUUUCCCGGGUUCCGAGUCCGGCCGGAUCAGUGCGGAGGGACGAGGGGCAAGAGCUUCCUCGAAGCCGACAGCCAUGCUGGCCCCUUGAGUCACCACUGUGGGAGGCCACGGAGAGCCCACUCAUCGCGGGGUCUUGUGACAAAGGAAGGUAUGCCACCACCUUGACCGCGACCCUCACCAGGCCCGACAGUAGUCAGCUGCUGCUGUUUUCAGACGGACUCCAGGGGAGUCAGAAAAUUCUGCCAGGACGGGACAUCGGAUCGGGCUCCGUGUUCAACGUGAGACUUGAACUCGGGACCCUGAGAUCAAGAGUCGCACGCUCUACAGACUGAGCCAGCCAGGCGCCCCAAACAUGCUAUUUUAAAGCGUCCCCAGCGUGCGGGCAGGGGCGGUCUCCGGUCUGCUCGCCGCUGUGUCUCCAGCAUGCCCAGGUGUGAAAUGGCGUUGGUGUGCCACUUCGGGCUGAGCCCCGCCAGCCCCAGCUGCCACUCGUGCGAUGCGUCCUCAGCCCUCUCCGUCCUGCACAGCUCGCUGCAAAUCAUCGGUGGCCCUGCGAUGGUGUGACAGGCACCGGGUGGCAGGUCCCGCCCCACCUGUGACCUACAGCCUGGGGUGGCCAGACCGAGCCACUCACUCACUCGGGGGACUGGUCCAACGGCAUUCCACCUCCCGGGAUAAAACCUGGGGUGACCUGUGGGGAGCUCUGCACACAGCUCUCCCAGCCGCGCCCGCGCCCCCACCGGCCAUGGUGGUUUCCAGAAUUCCCCCGGCCCUGGGUGGAGGCUGUCUCGGGAUCCUAACCCCCCUUCUGCUUCUGGCUUCUGCAGCCUCCCUCCGUGCUGCCAGGAUACCUGCACCCCCAGCUUGUGGGAAGCCCCAGCGGCUGAACCGGAUCGUGGGCGGCGAGGACAGCACUGAUGCCGAGUGGCCCUGGGUCGUGAGCAUCCAGAAGAACGGAACCCACCACUGUGCAGGCUCCCUGCUCACCAGCCACUGGGUGGUCACUGCUGCCCACUGCUUCAAGGGCAACCUGAACAAGCCGUCCCAAUUCUCUGUGCUGCUGGGGGCCUGGCAGCUGGAGAGCCCUGGCCCCAGGUCCCAGCAGGUGGGUAUCGCCUGGGUGCAGUCCCACCCCGUGUAUUCCUGUAAAGAGGGCUCCCGUGCAGACAUCGCCCUGGUGCGUCUGGAGCACGCCAUCCACUUCUCUGAGCGAAUCCUGCCCAUCUGCCUGCCUGACUCCUCCGUCCGUCUCCCUCCGAACACCCGCUGCUGGAUUGCAGGCUGGGGAAGUAUCCGUGAUGGAGUGCCCCUGCCCCACCCCCAGACCCUGCAGAAACUGGAGGUUCCCAUCAUAGACUCGGAAGUCUGCAGCCGCCUCUACUGGCGGGGCGCUGGGCAGGGAGCCAUCACCGAGGACAUGCUGUGCGCUGGCUAUCUGGAGGGGCGGCGGGACGCCUGUCUGGGUGACUCCGGGGGCCCCCUGAUGUGCCAGGUCGAGGGCACCUGGCUGCUGGCGGGCAUCAUCAGCUGGGGCGAGGGCUGUGCCGAGCGCAACCGGCCCGGCGUCUACAUCAGCCUGGCCGCCCACCGCUCCUGGGUGAUGAGGCUCGUGCAAGGGGUGCAGCUCCGCGGGCACUCACAGGGGAGGGGGCCCGCAGGGGAAGGCGCGCCCUCCCCGAGGGGCCCGCGUUAGGGACCUGGGGAGACGCGGCGGCCACGCCGUUGUAAGUAAGCCAUCUGCCUCCGGGGGGCGCCCGCGUGCCGGCACCGAGCGGCCUCGCAGCCCGCCCGCCAGCGCGAGCGCCUCUGUGUGUAUGUAUAUACAUGUUAAUAAUUUUUACAGUUAUUUGUACCCCGCCCUCAUAUCUUAUUUAUUCCUCCAAUUUCAAUAAAUUAUUUAUUCCCCCGUU